UCGUUCUCUCCCAGACGGGCACGCCCAGCGGCAGCAAGCAUCUCGUCGCUGCUCUGAUGCUAAGGCCGCCGCCGGCGCCACUUCUCCCUCCCGCUCCCCGCUCCUCCCCGCUUCCCGCCCCCAGAGCUGCAAACCCAAACACCGAUCCACCUCCCGCCCCCUUCAGCGCCGCCAGAGCAACGCCCAUGGGCGUGGCCGCGUCGUGGCCCCGUGCGCUGGGGCAGCGCUUCAACGCCGGCGGCGUGGCCGCGGUGGUGACCGUGGCGGCGUCGGAGCCGCGCCUUGCGCUGCCACACGUAGCGGUGCAGGACAUCCGGUGGCUGGACUGGGCGGAGCUCCGUCGCGCGGGGUUCCGUGGCGUGGUGUUCGACAAGGACAACACCCUCACCGCGCCCUACGCGCCCGCGCUCUGGCCACUGCUCGCUGCCUCGUUUGACCAGUGCCGCGCGGCCUUUCCCGGCGCCAUCGCCCUCUACAGCAACUCCGCAGGCUUGAAGCAGUAUGAUCCGGAUGGGGAGGAUGCCAGUACGGUCGAGGCGGCAAUCGACGGGGUUCAUGUGAUUAGACAUGAUGCUAAGAAGCCUGCUGGAGCAGCUAAGGAAAUUGAGAGUUAUUUUGGUUGUUCAGCUUCAGAUCUUGUUUUGGUUGGUGAUAGAUACUUUACUGAUAUUGUAUAUGGAAAUAGGAAUGGCUUUCUUACUGUAUUAACAGAACCGUUGAGUUUUGCCGGUGAAUCUUACAUUGUCAAAAGGGUUAGAAAAUUGGAAGGAUACAUUACCAACUAUUGGUACAAGAAAGGACACAGACCAAUUAAGCACCAGUUGCUCCCUGAUGUGAGAAGGAUCGUGAAGUUUGAUCCGUAUGAAGACUCAAUCUCACCUCGAACGUAGCAAAUGCUAUAUGUUGUUAUUCCAUCUGACACUCGCCCGGCGAACUCAUAUGAUCCAGUCUCCAGAUAUUUCUUGUUUCUUGUUGAGUUAAGAUAUAGAGAUAAUUAUGAGUAUGAUGUGUGUGCGCGUGCCUGUGUUUCGGUUCAGUGACUUAUUUUGGCACAAGGUCGUGAUGCUUACAGGUGCUCAAGUAUGUAAAUUUCGUGAUUGUUUUGGCAAUCGAUC